UAUUACGCAUCCUGUUACAGAGUGGACGACACGCACAAGUUUUUGGGGAACGAAACACACACAGACUACUUCAGAUUAUUAUUAAGAGAUGGAAACUAUCUGCUCGUCGGCGGCAGAAAUGUGGUGUACAACCUCAGCCUGACAGAUCUGACGGAGCAGCGCCGCCUGGUGUGGUACUCCCCAGAGAACGACGUCAAGAUGUGCGUCGUCAAGGGAAAAGAUGAGGAAAGCUGCCAGAACUACAUCCGCGUGAUGGUGUCCCUCGGAACGGGACGGCUGCUGGUCUGCGGGACAAACAGCUUCAAGCCGUUCUGCAGGGAGUACAGCGUGCAGCGGGAUUCCUACCACAUGGAGCGGGAGAAGUCUGGCCAGGCCGUCUGCCCGUAUGACCCUGAGCACAACUCCACGGCUGUAUAUGCUGAUGGAGAACUAUACUCAGGGACAGUAGCCGACUUCAGUGGCAUGGAACCCAUCAUUUAUAGAGAGCCGUUACAAACGGAACCAUACGACUCCAUGACACUAAAUGCUCCUGAUUUCGUGAAUUCCCUGGUACACGGCAACUUCGUUUAUUUCUUCUUUCGAGAAACGGCCGUCGAGUACAUCAACUGUGGAAAGGCGGUGUUCUCCCGCGUGGCCAGGGUGUGCCGGGACGACAGAGGAGGCCCGCACCGCUUCAAGCAGCGGUGGACCUCCUUCCUCAAGUCCCGGCUCAACUGCUCCGUGGCUGGGGACUUCCCCUUCUAUUUCAAUGAGAUCCAAUCUAUGACUGAUAUUGAAUCACUGCGCGUGCGAUAUUUUCGGCUGAUAUACGGCACGUUCACAACGCCCCCUAACAGCAUAUCGGGCAGCGCCGUCUGCGCGUUUAGUAUGCAAGACAUCGCCGACACCUUCGAGGGGACCUUCAAGGAACAGAGCGCCAUCAACUCCAAUUGGCUGCCAGUGAAUAAAAAUUCAGUCCCAGAGCCUCGCCCAGGGACGUGUCACAACGACUCUAGACAGCUGCCCGACCAGACGCUAAACUUCAUCAAGACACACGCCCUGAUGGACGAGUCAGUGCCAGCCUUCUUCGGAGAGCCUAUUGUCAUUAGGACUAGUUUUCACUACCGCUUUACCCAGAUAGCAGUGGAUCCACAAGUGAAGACCCCUGGUGGAAAAGCGUACGAUGUGCUAUUUAUUGGAACAGACAAUGGCAAAAUCAUCAAAGCGAUCAACGCAUGGUCGUACGACUCUAACAAGAGAGCAGUGCCUGUGGUCAUUGAGGAGCUUCAGGCCUUCGCAGCCGGGUCCCCGGUUAGAGCCCUGAGGGUCGCCAGGGCGGGCAGGGAUGCGGCCAGACUCAUAGCUGUCUCUGAUAGAGAAGUCUUAAGCCUGAGACUGCAUAGGUGUUCGAGCGACAAGAUCAGCUCGUGCUCAGAAUGCGUGGCGCUCCAAGACCCGUAUUGCGCGUGGGACAAACAGGCCGGCCGGUGCCGCGCCUACUCGCACGGAGUCAGCCGGUGGUUAGAUGAGAACUCCUUCUACCAGAGCGUCAAUACUGGCAGCCACUCGGCCUGUCCUCACAGUAAAGACGCAGGUGCCGUCGGCGGACUCAGCUCAGGCCUGUACGAUGACGCGCGGGGAGAAACCAAAGGAGAAGUUAUCAACAUAGUCCAAGACAAAGAUGGGAAAGGAGGCAGCAACAGCAAUGAAGGUCCAGAAGUAAUAACAGCCGAUCCUCCACCACCAGCGUAUUCAGUAGAAACGUUGGCGCUCGCAGUAGCAGCUGGAGCGUUAGCCGCUUUAGGCGCUGGAUUCGCAGCGGGCUACAUCUGCGGCCGGCGGUGUAAGAAGGACGACGAUGACAACAUGCCGUACCCUGAUACUGAGUAUGAGUACUUCGAACAGAGACAGAAUAUUAACAGGAUUCAAGCAGAACCUAAGCUGCUGCAGCAAGUUGAAGAAGUGACGUAUGCCGAGCCUGUGCUCGCUCCACAACCCAAGCCAGCGUCUCCCCGGGCGACCCUCCGCAAACACCCCCCAUACCACCCCCACCACGAGACGCUAUUCCAGUUCCAGCCAGACGCCUACCGCCGCGACAACUUCGGAACUCUCCGCUCUCAUCAGGUCAAUUUAACGCAGGAAUAUUCGGACCGCAGGGGGAUGGGUACCGGCGCGGCAACGACAAUGGCUUCUCGACCACGCGCUCAGUGAAGAAAGUGUACCUCUGAGAAACAAGCGGGGCGGACUCGCGCGACCAGAUGCAUCACCAUAAGCAUAAUACGCAUCACCACCAUACGUUGGUGUCGCAGCGCAGCAGCGGGUCGGGGUCCGGCUCAGCGAGCGGCGGCGGAUCGUCGUCGUCGCCGUCGCCGCCGUCGUCCUCCCCCUCCCCCUCGGGCGAGCGGCCCCCCACGCCGCCGCCCCCCGCCCCGCAGCCCUGCGCCUACAUCUACCGCAACUAGCGCGCCGCCCCGCCCCCUCCGCCAGAGGCACUCGCCCUCUCGAUCUAACGAGAACCCAACGAACUCCGUGAAUGUGACAUUCCAAAUACAAACUCAGUGAUCGUUGAAUGAGAACUUGUUGUUAUGAUAUGACCCGUCUCUUGAAGACCUGUUGAGUGCGAUAUAGAAACGAAACUGUUAUAUUAUAACUAGACAUUACUUGUUGCGAUGCUUGAUGAAAUUUAAUACAUGUAUUGUAAUAUUUCACAAAUGUGAUGAGAAUUUUUCUUCCAUUGAAUAAAAUAUACGUACUGGUGAUUAUCCAACAAAUAUCGUAUCUCUGCGGUCAGAGGAUAUGUGAAAAGAAUCAUGUAUUUUUUUUAAAAGACGGAACAAUAUUAUCGAUUGAUGUAUGUGAGAUGAAUAUUGUAACAAAUUGUAGAUUGUUUAGACUAUACAUAGUUUACAAAAUAAUUUAGGGAAAAAUAUAAGUUUUUGUUGGUAACAUGUUGAUGACUAGUUAAUGUGAAAUUGUGAGUGGCGUUGCAGUUUUUAGUCGAUGGUCUUAUUGUCUCGUUAAUCUAUACUCUAUGGAAAUGGUGACUGGUGCAUCGCAUACAAUUGGUUAAAGACUGCAAUGGUUUCACAGAUUGCUUUUUUACAUACCUACUACUUGUAGCAUUACGUCAUUAAUUAUAGGGAGGAUUCUCUUAUUCUAAAGUUCUAGCGUUAUUAUGACUUGACAAGAAUAAUGGGAGCGCUCCUACUUACAAUUCCAUUCCCCUUCUGGACGGAAUGUGUGCGUACCAGCGCUUAGUUAGGACACGUCAGUCGCACUAGAUUAAACGAUUAUUAUAACAUUAUAGUUGAAACCAAUGACAUUAUAAAAACACAAAAUAUAAUAUAAAUUAUAUUUACCAUGUAUAAAUGAUAUGUAAAGUUCUGAUACUUAUUCAUUCAUUAAAAAAGUGCUUCUUAUGGGUGUAUCUAGAUUAUUAGGGGUAUCGUUUUGAUAAUUAUUCGAUAAUGUUAUAGAUUUAGCGAUUAUGUAUACAUAGAUACAUAGUUUAAGAUGGCACUGUGAUGCCACAUUGCCAAUUUAGAUUGUUGGUGCGCCAUUGUAUAGUUACGGUCUGUAACUGUGAUCAUUGUGUACAUACAUUCUGUAACACUGAAGACAUCUUUUAGUCUACUGUCAUUCUAAAUUUACAUUUUCAGAAAAGAGGGCCAAACGUUGAUAAACCUUUCAGAAUCGUUCCUGUUGAUGUUUUGUGAUUGUAUAGGAAGUUCUGUUGUCCUAUUGAAACGCGUGUCACUUAUUUUGUGAUUUGCUAGUCCUCAUUUUACCCGGAUGAUGUAUAGUGUUCAAACUCAUCUUCGCUCAUUGUUGACAAUUGGAUGUGUAUAAAGAAAAUGUCAAUUCUAUUUGUAAUGACUUAGUGCCUAAGUGUGUGUGGCAGGAUUGUAUUUUGUACAGUACAAUGACUCAGUUUUUGUUUGGGACUGAUGUUAGCGCAGACUCUAGAUCGCCAUUAGUGUAGAGAUUGAUAUGGAAAACUGCUAACCGACAUGUUUUAAUGAUGUUCUUCAGCUUACUCCUGGCCAUAUAACUGAUGUUAGAGGCCAGUUUGGUUCUGAGAAUAACCAGAUCAUUAAACCUGUCGGCUAGCCUGCACAGAUAACUUUUAUAACGCCAUAAUAAAUAAGGGCAUUCUCAAGAUUGCCUUCGUGUUACUCACAAUAAUUAUUUCUCUUUAAUGUAUAUGACAUACCAAAGAUGCCAUGAUUUUGUAAUGUAAAUUAUUUAUUUGUAGUGGUAAUUGCUAAAACUUUAUCGAGUUAAUUGUUUAACAACGGAUAUAACUGCCAAUUCGUAUAACUUAAUUUAAUAACCGAUAUACGCACAUUUAUUAUUUUGUAUGUUAACCGUGCGGUGAGUACGCUUCAUAGACGUUCGGUCUUUUUUGGAUAAUAGUGCUGGCGUUGGAAAUGAUGUUCUGAUAAUAUGUAUAAUGUAAGAUAGUAUAUACAACUUCUGUAUAGAGUUUCACGAAUGCUUUGACUUCUGGAUAAUACUCAAACCGACACGGGUUAGCGCGUGCGGUGCUAUUAAAGUCAUCAUGUUAUACCACAUAAGACUGAAAGUUCUCUACGCUUGGUUAUUGUUUGAACAGGUCAUCAUUUCCACCCCAGCACACACAAAAUUAAAACACAUACGUAAAGAGGCUAGUUCUUGUAUAUAGCGAGUUCUGUAAUGUAAUUAGAAGCGUCGAGUAAUUUUAAAGUAAGCGUUAGAGUGUAAGCGCAAGAAAAUUUUUGAAGGAGAAUUGUUAAGAAUUGUUUUUGUAAUAAUUAAAAAUAUUGAUGAAAUGUACAAUAACCAUUUCUAUGUUUAAAUUACUGAACCAUCUUUUUAUACUCGUAAAGUUAAUUGUAAACAUAACAUGCCUAGAAAGUCUUUUGUAAUAAGCAUAAAAUUAUUGAUUUAUAAUUAUAUUGAGAAUUAUAUAGAACGUAUCGUACGGUAGUUUAUGAUAGACCGCUUAAUUUUGUUUGAAACUCGAAGCCUUAGUGUUAGAAAUUGAAGACUUUUAUUGAAAUAAAGAAAUAAGUAAUUUACAGAGGAUUGAAUUUAAUAUGAAAUCCGCAACUUUCAUAAUAACGUUUAAGGUAUAGCUCGUUUACGUCACAUUAACAUUACUCUCAAACUAUCACUACCCAAAAACUAUAUUCUAAUAAUGUAAAUAUUUGGGAUUGAUUUCGUUAACAUUCGAAUAAAUCGGUUUAGUGCGUGUGCAAUAUUUUUCUACUUUUAAAUAUCACGGUCCAAUUUCAAAUUAUGAUAAAAGUUAUUUUAUUACUUUGAAAUUGGAACGAGUUUGCCACGACCGCCUGUGAAAUUAUACUCUUUGGAGAACUGGCACUCAGUUAUCUGACUUUUUCAAUAUUUUUUCAUUAUUAUAAAAUUCUGACUUCAUUAAGUUGAGAUUUUUCUGAUUUUAUACGGUCUCCACUCUUUUAAAUUGUUUGAUUAAUCAACAUUGUAAAACUGGUACAGUUGACUUGGAAAGUGUACCUAACGUACAAUUCGUUCGCGCUUAGGUAAAUAAGUAGGUACCUUUUCGUUAUAAAAAGUUGUGUUUACCUCUGUAAGUUCUAUAACUGCUCCUGUGCAAGUUUAUAAAAUACUUAUAUGUAAGUUAAUAACGUUAAUGAAUAUAAUAGCAGCUCUCUUUGCAUCGGUUCAUACAAAAACGCGGAUUGGAUAUUAACUGUUGGUAUUUAUAAUAACAAAUAUAGAAAAUUAUAUUUUUACUAAAUAAGUAAAGUUAGAUUUAACUGAGGCAGGUCUUCAAACUGAUCAUUUGUUUGCUUUCUCGAUAUAGUACAAUAGAUGAGAUGCUCAGGGGCCCAAUUCUGGUGAACCAUAAACAAGUUUUAGAACUUUUUAGUCGUUAACGAAGGGGAAGUACCUACCUUCGUGUUUUCCAAAAUCUAAUGUUUAAACUAUUCAGUGCUUUUAAAUACUCCAGAGAUCUAAAUAGAGCUUCUAGUCGCUUGUUUAGCAGGAUUGGGCUGCUGAUGGGAGCGAAUCAGGAACAUUGGGAAGUGCCUAACGAAGUGACAGACUACGUUGACUCCCGCGGGACGGCGUUGACGCGAGGGCUGAUCCAGACGUGAUUUUUCGGAAGGGGAGGAUUCUGUGAAUUUUCAAAGUUACCUUUUAAACAGGUGGAUUUAUUACCAUUGUUAAAUGUAAGAAUUUCAAAAGUGAAACGAGCUCAAAAUGUUUUAUUGACAGGGUUCUCUCUUUCUUGAAACCAUGCCAAUAAAAAGUUUUUCAUGUCUCUACGUUCAGUGCAUAGACAAAUAGAGUGGGUCCUACUCUGGAUCUGCCCUUGUUACCUACGCCCCACCCAAUACCGCUUUCGUUUCGGUCAGCUGAUGGAAUUGUCUUUGACAAAUCCGUUGUUGUGCUGUCGGCCGACAUUGUCGUUUGUCGGCUGCUUUGUUGUUGAGUUGUCGGCCGACCGAAUCGAACGUAAGCGUGGACUAGUGAGUUUCUAUAGUGUGCCUUUAGUAUUUGUAACUAGAUACCGCCCUCUAGAAACUCGAAGGAUGGAAUUGGAGUAAACUUAAAUUUAAAUCGUUUAAAAUGUUUACUGUGGCUCAACAAUUUAUAAGCAGUACGAGAAUUACAAGACAUGAGUAAAGUUAUUUAUGUAAACUCUUUAAUUUGAUUACUCUCUCUUGUGCAAUGUGCAUCUUAAUUUGUGAGUGAACGAUAGAUACAUAUAUGCAGUUCUUAAUUUAAAGAUACACAAGGAAUUGGUAGAUACCUACUCGUACCUAUGUUGAGAUUGAAAAUCAACUAAUCGGGGGCUUUGAUCUAUGCUUGAGAAUCAAUUAAGUUUUGGUCUCAUCAUAAUACCAACCACCAGAAUUUUAUUCCAAUUCCAUCCCCAGCCGAUAUUAGAAUAAUAUUCUAACGUCAUCAACCUUCCCUUCGAAUAAACAAUACCUAUACGUAACAUCAACUUUCUAUAACUUGUUGAAACCGCAUUCAUUUUGCUUUUAGACACUCCAUAGAAUUAAGUAGGGUUUUAUAAUAAUGCAAAACGCAACGCAGUGAUAGUAAACACCUGUAAUUCGCUGCCAAUGUUCAUAGAGUGCAAUUUUUUUAUGACUACUUAGAAACAAAUAGAUUGUGAAACAAUGGUUUGCAAA